AAUCAGUAUGGAUUGUGUUUGAAUCCGACUUAGAGAUAGCCUAAUCAUACACAAACAAUAGAUUUGUGUUUAGCCUUCGCUAGUAACGUUACCAGCUGACUGGGCUGCCGUUUGCUGCUGCUGUGCCGUCAUUUCGCCACUUUCUUGUUCAUUUUUUUCUGCAUGAGCGAUGGGGUCAUUGGGCAGCAGAUUUCAGAGUACAUCUGCCAGACCGGCUGAAGAGGUCUCGGAGGAGGUCUGUGAAAGGAAAGGGCAUGGUUGUGAAUGCAGAAAGAGAAAGCGGACCUCGCAUUGUGAGUGUGACAGCGAGCCAGAGGAAGAUGACAGUCUUCUGGACACACCUCGCAGGAAAAAGUUAAAAAGCACCUCAAAAUACAUCUACCAGACACUCUUCCUGAAUGGGGAGAACAGUGACAUCCGUAUAUGUGCACUGGGCCAGGAGUGGAAUCUGCAUAAAGUAUAUUUGUGUCAGUCCGGUUAUUUCUCCAGUAUGUUUAGUGGAUCUUGGAAGGAGUCAAACAUGAUGGUCAUCGAGCUGGAGAUUCCAGAUCAGAACAUUGACACUGAAGCCCUGCAGGUCGUGUUUGGUUCUCUCUACAGGGAUGACGUCCUGAUCAAGCCGAGCAGAGUGGUCAGCAUUCUGGCAGCGGCGUGCAUGCUACAGCUGGACGGACUGAUCCAGCAGUGCGGUGAAACGAUGAAGGAGAACGUCAGUGCCAAGACGGUGUGCGGCUACUAUGCGGCCGCCAGCAUCUAUGGCCUGGACUCGGUUAUGAAGAAAUGCCUGGAGUGGCUCCUCAAUAACUUUAUGACCAAUCAAAACGUGGACCUCAUGAAAGAGCUGGGGGUGGACGUAAUGGAGCAGCUCAUCCAGUCCUCCGACCUGUUUGUCAUGCAGGUGGAAAUGGACAUCUACACCGCCCUCAAGAAGUGGAUGUUCCUGCAACUCCACCCGUCCUGGGAAGGGCCCCUCAAGCAGUUGCUCCCUGAUGCAGAGAACUGGCUUUGCAAACGCAGGACUGACCUUGGAGAAGACGAGCCUUUCCUGAGCACCGAGGAGGGCUCGUCCUACGCCCCUGUCUUCCGUCAUAUUCGCCUGCAGUACAUCAUCAACGACCUGUCCUCUGCACGCAUCCUGGAGAGGGACAACAUCCUCCCGCCAGACUGGCUCACGGCCAUGUACAAACAGCAGUGGUUCACCAUGCUGAGGACGGAACAUGACAAUGACCACGGACCUCAAGAAGCGAAUAAGGAGGAGUUUGAGCUGAACAGUAUGCGGUGUGGGAGGAAGCUGAGUAAAGACGGUGAUUAUUGCUGGCGGUGGACGGGCUUCAACUUUGGCUUUGACCUGCUGGUGACCUACACCAACCGCUUCAUCAUGUUCAAGCGCAAUACCCUGAGUCAACCAUGCGGGGGCGCUGUUAGCCUACAGCCACGAAGACACCUGGCGUACAGGUUACGGCUGGCUUCCUUCGACAACAGCGGUAAACUGGUCUGCAGUCGGAGCACAGGCUACCAGCUACUCACCCUAGAGAAGGACCAGGAGUAUGUGGUGAUGAACCUGGACAGCCGCCUCCUGUUCUUCCCGUUGUACGUGUGCUGUAACUUCCUGUACACCUCGCCCCAGUCCGAGCGCCGUCUGGAGGCCCCGGAGCCCGAGAGUAGCGCUCGGAGCGCAUCGUGACCGUCCACCCACCGUCCGCCCCCCGUCCGCCCCCCGCCCUUCCCCCGUCCACCCACCGCCCACCCCCGCCCUUCCCAUCAUCACUCGCAUGCCUUAUCAGCUCAGCGUUUUAAGUCUUGUUUUUUGUUGUGUUUUUCUUUGGCAGACUGCUCCUUUGAAUGGUCAUCAAUUCUUUUUUUUUCUUUUUUUUUAAUCAUUUAUCAUCAUUUUUUUUAAAAAACUUUUAUUUAAAAAAAAACAAAAAACAAAUCCAAUUGCCAAUAACAAAUCAACACACCUGCGUGUGCUUUGGGCAGCUAUAUGGAUCGCUUUUCUUCUAGAACAUUCUCAGUGACAUUCUCAGCGAGGUCUAUUUUUACACGCCUUUCUUUUGUGUGUGUGUGUGUGUGUGUUGUCACUUGAUGUGUCAUUCCUAUUUAUGCUGGUAUUGUUUUGACUCUGUAUGCGAGGUGAGGUGAGCUACGUGAGUGUUGUACGUCGUGGUGCUCUUUGUUGAGGUGUUUGCAUUCAGCAGAGCUGUGUGCUGCCUCGUGUGUGUGUGUGUGUGUGUGUGUGUGUGUGUGUGUGUGUGUGCCCGUGUGUGCGUGCCCGUGUGUGUGUGGGGGAGGGAUCAUUCCCCUUAGGUGCUCUUCUGACAGGUAAGCUGAAGGGGCUAGAACAGUCUACAGAUGUGUCACAGUCCCUCUGGUUAACCCCCCUUUCUGAUGUAGCGGUAGUGUUCUACUGCCCUGAUGGGGGUGUAUUUGGGCUCCCUUCAGAUGUGUGUAUGUAUGUGUGUAUGGGGCAUAUUUUGCCCUCCUGUGAUGCAAACGGGGCAUCUAGGGGGCCUCUUUUGAUGUACGGGGAUAUUUUAUACCCCUGUUUAGAUGUGACGGGGCAUUCUACUGUCCUCCGAUGCAAAAGAGGCAUCUGUGGGCCCCCUUUUGAUGUACCGGGGGUAUUUUAGACCCUGACCUGGAUGUAACAGGGCAUUCUGCUGCCCCCCUUUCAUGUAAUGGGCAUAUUUAUGCCCUCCAUAUGUUGUCAUGGGGUAAUUCAGUUGUCCAGUGAUGUUUUGUCUUACAUUUGUGAACAUUUCUACAUCAUGCACACUGCUGGCCCUUGUUCAAAGUUGAGUCGUGACGUUCGGACCAAAAUGACACUGGGCAGAAGACAUUGCCAAAUGUCCAUUAAAUAUACAACUAACCAGC